UACCACAGUCCUGUCCAUGAACCGCGGCGCCGACCUAUGGUGCACCCGUCUGCCCAGGCACCACUGCCCAAAGACUACGCUUUCACCUUCUUUGACCCCAAUGACCCGGCCUGUUUGGAGAUCCUCAUGGAUCCUCGGACCACCAUCCCCGAGCUGUUCGCCAUCGUGCGUCAGUGGGUUCCUCAAGUGCAGCACAAGAUCGACGUCAUUGGCAACGAGAUCCUGAAGCGAGGUUGCCAUGUGAACGACCGCGACGGCUUGACCGACAUGACGCUGCUUCACUACAGCUGCAAGGCCGGAGCGCACGGAGUCGGCGACCCGGCGGCGGCGUUGCGCCUCAGCAGUCAGCUGAUCUGUCUGGGCGCCGACGUGAGUCUGAGGAGCCGCUGGACCAACAUGAACGCUCUGCACUACGCUGCUUACUUCGACGUCCCAGAACUGAUCCGAGUCCUGCUUAAAGCCAGUAAACCCAGAGUGUUGAACUCAACAUGCAGUGAUUUCCACUAUGGGACGGCUCUCCACAUCGCUGCCUCCAACCUCUGUCUGGGUGCAGUCAAAUGUCUGCUGGAGCACGGAGCCAACCCCAUCGUCAGGAACGAUAAGGGCCAGGUUCCAGGUGAGGUAGUUCCCGACCCGAUGGACAUGAGCCUGGACAAAGCCGAAGCCGCCAUGGUGGCUAAAGAGCUGAAGAAGUUGCUACUGGACGCCGUUCCUCUGAGCUGUAACCUUCCCAGAGCCACGCUGCCAAACUACGACAACAUCCCAGGAAACCUGAUGCUGUCCUCGCUGGGGCUGAAGCUGGGAGAGCGCGUGAUGCUGGACGACAUGAAGAGCGGCACUCUGAGGUUCUGCGGCACGACGGAGUUCGCCAGCGGUCAGUGGGUCGGCGUGGAGCUCGACGAGCCCGAGGGGAAGAACGAUGGAAGUGUGGGCGGCGUUCGCUACUUUAUCUGCCCUCCUAAACUAGGGAUUUUCGCACCAGUGUCAAAGAUUUCCAAGGCUGUGGAUCAGGCGCUCUCGUCUGUCACCUCCACCCCCCGAACGCCACGCAUGGACCUCGCCUCCCGCCUUGCCGGAAAGACCAAGAAGGAGAAAGAAAAGAAGGAGAAAGAGAAAGGUAAGUCGUCAGUCGCCAGUCUGGAUCCCGAGGGACUGAACGUGGAAGUCGGUGAUCAGGUUCUGGUGGCCGGACAGAAACACGGCAUCGUCCGCUUCUACGGAAAGACCGACUUUGCUCCAGGUUACUGGUUUGGUGUCGAGUUGGAUCAGGCGACAGGGAAACAUGACGGUUCAGUGUUUGGAGUCCGCUACUUCAGCUGCCUCCCUAAAUACGGAGUGUUUGCUCCACCUUCACGUGUCCAGAGAAUUGGAGGUCCUAAAGAAGGCUCACAGAAUGACAACUCCAUGGUGAAGAAAGUGCAUCAGGUCACCAUGUCACAGCCCAAGCGUAACUUCAACACAAUGCGUUCUCCUAAAGACCUGACCUCCGAGAGCUCCAUAUCCAGGUUGCUGUUCUGCUGUUGGUUCCCGUGGAUUAUGCGUGCUGAGAUGCAGUCUUAA